GGAGGGUGUUGGGGCUAGAAGCCCCCGGACGGGAACGUGUAGGUGUGGAUGCUGGGGAGGCUGGGUGUGGUUGAAGGGAUCAAGGAAGGGCCUCAGCACCUGAAAACAUCUACGUGAUUUUAUAAGGACAGCAACAAGUGAGGCCCUGGGAAGCGCUAGGCGGCCCUUGCGCGUGCGCGCGGCGCAGCGUGUUCCGAGGGCUGGUGCAGGGGCGGGGCCUCGGGCGGGCAAGCGAGCGGCGAUGACCCCCAAGAGCGGCUCCGAGUGCGCGAGCGCGCCUGCGUACGCCGACGUGUGGGGGGGCCGGGGCCUCAGGUCUGUGCCUGUGGGAAGGUCCCGGGAGAGCAGUGCUGAGUUCCUUGGAGAAAAUUAUUUUGUGGACAAGAAUCGUGCUCCUUCACCUUGGGGUGCGCGCCAAGGGCAAACCGCCAUGAGAAACCAGAGGAUGGAUGCGUUGCCACUUCCUGGAGCAAUCCAUUUUACUUGAGGAAUCAGAAGGGAAGACUCUGCCCCGCCUUCUCAGCACUCUGCCCCUCUCCAAAUUGAAACCCUCAAGGGGGAGGAAAGGAUGCCUGCUGCACGCGGGAAGUCCAAGUCCAAGGCACCAGUCACAUUUGGGGAUUUGGCCAUCUACUUCUCCCAGGAGGAGUGGGAACGGCUGAGCCCCAUUCAGAAGGAUCUGUAUGAAGAUGUCAUGUUGGAAAACUACCAGAACCUGGUUUCUCUCGGACUUUCCUUUCGGAGGCCAAAUGUGAUCACCUUAUUGGAAAAAGGGAAAGCACCCUGGAUGGUGGAGCCAGUGAAAAGACGCGGAGGCUUGGACUUAGGGUCUAAAUGUGAGACCAAGAAGUUAUCUCCAUAUCAGUGCAACAAAUCUGGGCAAAGCAUCUAUCAGAAACCAGUUUCUGCACCACAAAAAGUUCCCACAGGAAAGAGAGGCUGCAAGAAAAAUUCAGUCCUAAUAAAACCCAAGAAAGUGCAUUCAAAGAAGAAAUCUCUAAAAUGUAACGACUGUGGGAAAUUCUUUAGUCAAAGCUUAUCUCUUAAACUUCAUCAGAACUCUCAUACUGGAGAGAAGCCUUAUGAAUGCAGUAAUUGUAGAAAAGCUUUCAGACAGAUCUCAUCCCUUAUUCUUCAUCAAAAAAUUCACAAUGGAAGGAAAAGCUAUGAAUGUGAUAAAUGUGGGGAAAGCUUCAUUCAAAGAACAACCCUUAUUUUACAUGGGAAAAGUCAUGAUGAAAAGGAAAUCUUUGACUGUGGGAAGGCCUUGAGUCAAUGCCAAUCUCUCACUAUGCAUCAGAAAAUCCACCUUGUCCAAAAUGUCUACCAUUGCAGAAAAUGUGAGAAAGCCUUCAUUCGAAUGUCAUCUUUUUUACUUCAUAAGAAAAUUCACAAUGGAAAGAAAAUACAUAAAUGCAAUAAAUGUGGGAGAGGCUUCGGUAAGAAAUCAGUCCUUGUUAUACAUAAAAGAAUUCAUACUGGAGAGAAGACUCAUGAAAGUGAGAAGGCCUUAAGUCAGAGUUUACAGCAGAGAAGUCACCGUAUAGAGAAUCCUUAUAAAUGCAGAAAAUGUGGGAAAUCCUUUAAUAGGAUUUCAUCCAUUAUGCUUCAUCAGAGAAUUCACGCUUCAAAGAAACCCUACAAAUGUAAUAAAUGUGAGAAGAUCUUCACGCGGCUUUCAACCCUUACUCUACAUCUAAGAAUUCAUAAUAGAGAGAAACUAUACAGAUGUAAUAAAUGUGAGAAGGUCUGCAACCGGCAUUCGUCCCUUAUUCAACAUCAGAAAGUUCAUACAAAGAAAAAGAAACUGUUUGAAUGUAAGGAAUGUGGGAAGAUGUUUUCUGGAACUGCCAACCUUAAAAUACAUCAAAACAUUCAUUCUGAAGAGAAACCUUUCAAAUGCAAUAAAUGUAGUAAAGUUUUUGGCCGCCAAUCAUUUCUUAUUGAACAUCAGAGAAUCCAUACUGGAGAAAAACCCUAUCAGUGUGAGGAAUGUGGGAAAGCAUUCAGUCACCGAAUAUCUCUUACUCGACAUAAGAGAAUUCAUACUGAAGAUAGACCCUAUGAAUGUGAUCGGUGUGGGAAGGCCUUCAGUCAGAGUGCACACCUAGCCCAACAUGAAAGAAUUCACACUGGAGAGAAACCAUAUACAUGCAAAACGUGUGGGAAGGCCUUUAGCCAACGCACAUCCCUUAUUCUACAUGAAAGAAGUCAUACUGGAGAGAAACCCUAUGAAUGUAAUGAAUGUGGGAAGGCAUUUAGCAGUGGCUCAGAUCUUAUUCGGCAUCAGAGAAGUCAUUCUUCAGAGAAACCCUAUGAGUGUAGUAAAUGUGGGAAGGCAUAUAGUCGGAGCUCAUCCUUGAUUCGACAUCAGAAUACACAUUCUGAGGAAAAGGCUUAAGAUUGUUUUAAAUAUGUAAAAGCUAAGAGGGAGGCUAGCAAAGUAGCAGAGUCAGAGGCAUGGGAAAAUGCAUUUGUCUAUAACAUAAAUUGUGUAAAAAUGAGACAGUUUGAUGAUGUGUCCCACUUUGAAAGCCAAAGAGCAAAAGUCAUUGGUGAUUUUGACCUGAGGAUUUGAAAUCAACUGAGGCAGUGACUUUAUCAUAGUUCUUUGUUUCAAAAUAGCAAGCUCAGAUGAUUGGAUCAGUCAUUUUUAAUGAAGAGCAUUCUUCAUUUGAUAAAAAUAACUGGUACUUUAUUUCCAAUGUAAUUUUAAAGCUAUUUCAUUGGUUAUGUACAACAAGGUGAAUUGUAAAUCCAUUUUUCUGGAUGGAGCUGUGAGCCUGAUUUAAGGUCAUGUGAAGAAAGAGUUUGAGUUUGUCCCUUAGAACCAGAAGUAUCACACAGAAGGGAUUUCCUCACAAACCAGGGUGCGAUUUUCAGCUGACAGAAACUUCUGGUUGAGAAUAAAGAAGAUUGAGUAAAGAUAGCACUCAUAAUUGUGUGGAGCAAUAGAGUCAUUACCAUACUGUCUCUAUGGAUGUGAAGAUAUAUGAUCUUAAUGGUGUGAAAAAUCUAACAAGCCUGGGACAAGCUAAUGGGGGGAAAAAAAAACCAGGAUGUACUGAAGAAUGAGGAGCUGCAGAACAAGAAGAAAUCAUUUGUUACUGUUUUGUUUGAAAAUGAAUUUAUAUUUAUAUGAAUAAACAUUGGUAUUUUCAUGUGAAAACACUGGUGUGCAACAAGUGAUUGGUGGAGAAUGGGAUGUCAUGGACUGAAUGUGUCCUCCCAAAAUUUCAUUUGUUAAAACCCUAACCCCCAAUGUGAUUGUAUUUGGAAUUGAGGCCUUUGGGAGAUAAUAAGGGUUAGAUGAGGUCAUGAGGGUGGGGCCCUCAUAAUAGGAUUAGUGUUUUUAAAGAAGAAACACCAGAGACCUCUGCCAUGUGAGGACACAGCAAGAAGGUGGCUAUCUGCAAGCCGAGAAACUAGCCCUCACCAGUAUCCAACCUUGUGGCAUCCUGAUCUCAGACUUUCAGCCUCCAAAACUGUGAGAAAUAAAUUUUGUUUACAUCACCCAGUCUAUGGUAUUUUGUUAUGGCAACC